UAAUCCUAAUUUUACACAGUUGACGGCUAACUAGAGAAAGGGCCAGAUUUUUUCGAUUGCAGAUCAAAUUAUUAACAGAUGCUAAACAAGAGAUGGGUGCUCAAACGGCCAAUCCACUCAUUAAACCGAUAUUAAUUUCAUAGCGUAAUUCUCACCAUGGCUCAUUCUGGUGUCACAAGUAGUCGUCCAGCAACCAGCCCAGUUGCUGUGCGCAGCCUCCAAGAAAUGUUGAAGGAAUCUACUGACAUGACUGAAAACAGUAGCGCUGUACAUUCUGCAGCCACAGCACCUUCACCUCGUGCUCAUCCAACUUCUCUUGCUCUAGGGACAACAAAUGCACCUUCAAACCGUUCAACUCCAACAAGUCCAUCUCAAAAUGGUGACCCAACGCUGAUGAGAUCUCAGGCUUCUAAGAUGGAAACUAUUAAGAACUGGAGUAUAUCAACGUACAAAUGUACAAAACAACUGAUGUUUGAAAAACUGGGGAAAUCAUCUCGAACCGUGGAUUCUGAACUGGAGGCUCAGAUCGAACAGCUGCGAGAUAUUCAAAGAAAAUAUUCAAAUGUGCUUCGGUUGUCACGAGCACUUACAAGCCAUUUUUAUCAUGUUGUUCAAACUCAGCAUGCUUUGGGUGAAGCAUUUUCAGAACUUGCCCAAAAAUCUCCUGAGUUACAAGAAGAGUUUGUUUACAAUGCUGAAACUCAAAGGAGUUUAACUAAAAAUGGUGAAACAUUGCUGGGAGCUUUGAACUUUUUUGUAUCUUCUGUGAACACUCUUUGCAAUAAAACAAUUGAAGAUACAUUACUAACCGUGCGACAAUAUGAAGCAGCUCGGAUAGAAUAUGAUGCGUAUCGUACAGAUCUUGAACUCCUGUCACAGAACAGGAGUGAAGCUAAUGCCGCUCGCUUAGAAGAGGCAACACAGUUAUAUGAACAACACAAGGUUAACUUUGAAAAAUUGCGAUCUGAUGUGACAAUAAAGUUGAAGUUUCUGGAUGAAAAUCGGAUUAAGGUAAUGCACAAGCAGCUUCUACUACUUCACAAUGCAGUAUCUGCAUAUUUCUCUGGUAAUCAGCAAGCGCUUGAGGCUACGUUGAAGCAAUUCAAUAUCAAGCUCAAGUCACCAAAUUCCUCAAUCCCUUCAUGGCUGGAACAGUGAAAUAGCAUUAAUAAUUAUUUAAUGAUUUAAGUGGAGAGAAAGAUGUAUGGUUUUAUCAUGAGACGGUUUUAUGUACUGUUUUAGAAUUGAUUUGGAUUUGCACAUACUGUAUGUUUAUCUGAAAGGGUGCUUGAUUUCAAGUCUUGGUAGUCUUAUUUUAUGUAAUUGGAAAAGGUCUGGGGUAAACUAGAAUUUCAAUGGCAGUAAUUUCAGGGGGUAGAAUUCCAGUGAAGAACACAUAGCAGACAUUAUGCUGUAAUGACAGUGAUAUAUAGUACAUUUGCUCUAUAUUCACAUUGCAUCAGCUUCGUCAUGCUGCCAUUAUUUUAUUUUUAAGAAUUGACCAGUGUCAGUACUGUUUUCCUAUUCUUUUAGCCAAAUUUCUCACGAAUUUUUCAAGAAAAUAUGUAUUUUGUAGAUUGCCAUCCUAGCAAAUGGAGACAGCUGUGGGUUGUGAUUCGGAUUGAAGUGCACUGAGUGUCCAUUGAAGCAAGUAUAAAUUGAUUUUGUCUUUUUUCAAAUGUUGUUGAAAGAUAAUGUGUACAUACAUAAUUUAAAAAAUACUUUAUUUUUUUAGCUGAUUUGAUUCAAUAAUGUAGCUUUGAUUUCCAUUCAAAAAUAACUCCACUUCUGAGGAUUUUUCUCUUAGCAAACAAUUUGUCUUUGUUGUACAUUUUUGUGACUGUAUGUAAAUAUAAAUUCUCCAAACCUUUUACCUAAUACGUAGACUCCUUGGACUGUUUAUGACUGUUACUAAUUCCGAUAUAAAAUUUAAAACAAUUGUCCAGCUGCAUCAGUUAGUAUGAGGAAAUUAUAUGCCCAAAGUAUGCUUCGGAGCUAACAAUGGACCAAGUUAGGUAUCCCUCCCCCCCUCCAAUUUUAUUGGCAAACUUAUUUAUUGUGAAUUGUAAUCAUAGCAGUGUGAAGCUGGAAACUGACAAUAGAUUUACCAAAACUUGUAUACUAUGGAAUGAUGAGAUAUGUUAACACCAGGGUCAGAACUUGUGCAUUCAAUGUCUUUCUAGCACCCUUUGUUAUAGGUAUGGAUUUUGUUAUCAGUUGCAGAUUUAAUCUCACAGUGGUUUAAUUUUUAAACUGUACUCAGUUUUUUAAUAGUGAGAUGUCAUGCAUUACUUAGUUGAAAGAUGAGUUACCACUCAUACUACCGGUAUUUCUACAAUUUAAGCUCAAGUCCUUUUCUUCAAACAUCAGGCUAUUGCUAUUAUACAUCAACAUUUGAUGUAAAGUUUAAAACAACGACUCAUUUACGGUGUUCUCCUAAAUGUGAAACUGACAUUCUUUAUUAUAUGUGAUUACUUUGUUUCCUAAUUGUUUUACAUUUAAGUACCAUGACAGAAUACAUGUAUUACUGGUAAAAUAUAGUUUCUGGAAAAUAACAACUGCGUGUUAUAGUUUUGUGGUGUGUAACUAUACUGUAGUUACAAUCGUGUAAAUCUUGUAACAAGCUCAUUUUUGCUUUUGUGUGCAAUCACACUACUAUUUUGCUGCUUAGUUUAGCUGUACAGCUUUUGAACUGUCAAUCAGUAUUUCGUAAUUAAACUAUCUAUGAUUCAAUGUCACCAUGCAUUUCUGAGACUACCAAAUACUUAAUUUUGUGAUUUAUAACUAUUGACACAUUUAGUUUAAUGGUUCUUAUUUUUGUAAAAUUUGUGUGUGCAUGUGUGUGUUUAUGUUAACAGUGAUCACACUGCCUGUAAUUGUGUUUGUUGAAGUACUGGUCUCUGGAGGGAAACAUCUAUCUAGCCUCCUCUGCCAUCUCUCUAACACAACAUGGUUGGGCACUGACCUAAUGGAUAAAUUUGGUUUUGCACAGUAAAAUGUUCUUAGACAUUGUUUGAGUAUCAUAAAUUUUUACUUUACCUUAAAGUUGAAGCAAAAUUGAUGAAAGCUUAUAUCUGUUUUAAAAUGAACAUAACGUGGGUAAGAGUACCCAAAACAUUUCGUAUCUUUGUAAUACAUUUUUCUCUCUUUAAGAGACUGAAUUCCUUGUGGAAUUUUUACCGAUCAGUUGAUUAUUUCAAUAUGUACUAAGUGUACUAUUAGUACAGUAAGAAUUGAACCCUUCUGAUGUUGGCAUUCCAAGCAGAAAUGGUUCAAUUCUUCUGCGGUAAUAGUGUAUUAUACAUGUCUACCAUUGUGCAUUCCUUCUUAUUUGUUAAAUUGCUCUAUUCUAUUUCAGGUUCUGUAGGAGAUUGAGAAAGAUGUAGUGUUUAUUUGUGUUUUCUCACAGUGUGUCCAGAAAAAUCUGUUUUCAGUGAUCUGAUGUUAGAUAUCAGUUGAAACACUAGUCAGGGGCACCCCCAUCCUUGUUUACUUUUUAUUAAUAAAAGCUUUGUAUCACCAUC